CAUCAUUUUGUCUAUAGCCAAAAUGGCUGAAUCCGAUUGACAAGUAUGCGAUUUUCGUAAUUUAUUCUGGUGCAAUAUUUUAACUUUGGACGGAAACUGGUGUUUUAAAGUGUUAAUAAAUUGUUAUACAUAGAAUAGUAAACAUUUAAAAGAACUAACGAAGCACACCCACCGCCUCGUAACGGUGCAACUAUUCGAGAAAUAACUUCGGUAUGAUGAUAACAAAAGAUAUAAAAAUUCAACCUUGUCUCGCUUGUGAUGUCUUAUUUUUCGUCACUGUGUACCGUCUGGAUUAAAAAGCCAUGAGCGUUCACCACCAUAUACGUACGUGAAUGUAUACGUAACUGGUGAGAAAUCGCGAUUUCAGGGAUUGUGACGUCACGAACACGAAAGACGGUGUAUUUACCUCGUCGAUUGGUCGGUGGAGAAUGUGUUUUGGUGUUUGCCGGUGAGAGUCGCGUGGCAAGUGAGCGCUAGCAGGGCGCGGUGAUUCCGCGGCGCCGGGACGAGCCCACGCGAGGAUGGGCGGCGAUGUCUGCCCGCGCCGACGCCGCCGCCGCCGCCUGCGCCUGCACUAACAUCUCGCUUAUGCAACUGUUCCACGAGCUGAAGCAGAAGUUCCCGGCCGUGCCCGACCAUGUGGUGUCCAGCACCAUCGAGCAGUACUGCCACGACAAGCUCGCCUGCGAGGCUCACCUGCAGCGGGAGACCUCGGCGUGCCUCGCGCUCGCCUGCCGCGCCUCGUCCGCCGCCGCGCGCCACCUCUCCGAGCUGCGCGCGCCGAGCCAGUGCCCCAACCAGCCCAUCGUCCGCCACGAGGUCCAGCACCCUCGCGUGGUGAACGCCGUCACUUGCCACGGACCACAAACAGCCAUUGUUGGCUCUAUUGAUUCUACUGAAGAAGAAGAAGAAGAGACAAAAUUCAACACUGAUGCCAAUCAAAAUGUUGUUGAGCACAAUAAGAAUUUAAAUCACAAGAAUAACAAUGCUACAUCACCAGUUACUGUUAUAAAUAUUGAUAACUGUAUCGCUAAAUACACAGCGCAAACACCAAGCGAGCAUGAGCUAACAAAUGAAGAGGCAACUCCAGAAAUCACUAUAAAUACUGAUAGUGCAACAGAGAGUAAGGAAAAGGAGUUAGAACAGCCAGGAAGUGGAAACUAUAGGAUUCAUAAAAGCAAUAAAGUGAAAUGCAACCUCAAUGAAAAACUAGAGAAACCUAAAGAAAAGAAAUCCAUCAAGAAAGAGGAACCACCCGAACAAGAAACUGAAAAUAUCCCACAAGAAAAACCUAAAAGGCCAAAUACCCUAGAGUUCUUGAAACCAAUUCCAGAUAUUGCAUUUAAAGAGCCAACAAAGGAGCCACAACCAGACACAAGCAAGUUAAUAUCACCAGCAGCUGCUCACAAACCAGAAUCUGUCAAAGAAACCACUCCGGGAGGCUCCUUGUGGUCUGGUGGAUAUCCUUUGAACUUGUCUGUCAAUGUCAACUGUCAUAUGGACUAUGGUCGUCCUUACGAUCCUUGGCUAGAGGACUAUGACGGUCGGCAAGCAAUUACUUCUGUGAACCUGACAGUGUGCACACCUACUUCGAACAUGGCCAGUCCAGUCCGUGAGUCGCGGGGUGAUGAGGGGGGAUUUGAGGGGCAUGUGACGGUGACGGUCAGCCCGAGUGCCUCCCGCCCGCCGCGGCGCCGCGCCCCCGCGCCUCCAGUCCACCCCGCCGUGGAGUCGCAGAGAAGCACAAGAUCCACUGUGGAUACAUCACAGGACCGCUCCCUAAUCGAGCGUCAGCGCGAGCGUCUCGGCCGGCUCAAGGGGGCCCUACUCCAGGAGCGCGGCCGAAUAGCCCAGCUCACUCGAGAGAUGCGCAUCCUGGCGGGGCCGCCGCCGCCGCCCGCUGCCGCGCGCAGUCUCAGCGACUAUGUGCACAGGUUGAGGGACCAGUGUGACACGCUGGCGAAGCGGUUGGAGAUGGCUGGGACCGAGCCCGAAGCGGCAGACUUCUACAGCAACAUCUACACGGGGCAGCGGCCGCCCACACAGCGGCCCGCCCGCCCCGCGCCGCCCCCGCCCGAGGACGCGCCCUGGCAGUGCCACGUGUGCACCUUCAACAACCACCCGCUACUGGACAAGUGUGAGGAGUGCGACAUGCCGCGCAUACUCGUUGGUACGUCCCCCUCUAGGACUCUGGAUUCGGGGUUUGGGUCGUUCAGAGACCGGAAUAGGAGGGUCGAGACAUUCGGAGGAGUGGCACGGCCAAGCAUGGGCGUUGCGUAUGAGUUUUAAGUGUUGUCUGUCGAUGUUUCCGAACAGUCAUGUGUGUUUAACGUCAGUCCCCUGUGAACUUUGUGACUUUUAGUUGGGGGAUUCAAGUUGCAGUGAACUUUACAGCUUGGAUUUAGUUUGUUUUGAGGCUAUGACUGUGAAAGUGUUUGGACUUUUCGAAGCCGAUUUUUAUUAACAGCAUGUGAUGUGACGUCGGCAUGUGAUUUUUUAACUUAAUAAUUUUAGUUUUAAGGUUAUUGUUGUUUGUUAAUUGUGGGCGAAACGCGAGUUAAAUAGAAAGUACUUAUAACAAUUAUCGAUCGAUAUAGAAACGAAUGCCUUAAAAUAUUUCACUUAUUUUAAUUUUGUUAAUUGAGAUUAUGAUAAUAAUAUUAUCGUCACUAAAUUUUAUAAUUAAUAUGUUUACAAUACGCCCACAGUUAACGUAGAGUUUGUUACAUUUCACGAGUUUAUAUCUAUUUUUAUUCAAAUAACUACUACAUAUCAAGUUAUACAUAUUACAAUACCGUCCAUUUAAGUGUUCUUAAACCUGCAUGUACUUACAUAAGUAAUUAAAUAUACCACUACCUUACCGAUAAAAUCAAUUUAAAACAGAGUAUCGAAAUUUCGGAAUACACAAUGUAUUGUGGAUAUGGUUACAAUCAUUGUAUUAUUUGUUAGGGGUAAAUCCUUUGUACUAAAUAAUAUAUUAUGAAUAUUUAACAUGGAGGCUGACUGUAGGUAUUUAAUAUUUUUGACUAGGAUUCCCUAGAAUACCUAAGUUCUGUAUAUAAAUUGAAACGAACGAAACGAACUAUUUAACAUGGAUCCAUUUUUAUCGCACUAUAAUAUUUUUACCAUAUACAAGUUAGUUUGAAAAAACGGUUUUACGUAAAAAAUAUAAAGUAUGUGUAAAUAUAUUUAACUGUUGGAAUUAAUUUGUUUUAAAUGUAGGACAUAUUUUAGGUACUUGUGUACAAAUAUUUACUUAAGUUAAAUUAGGUUCAAAAUUUUAUUAAUAACUUUUCUAUUGUAUGGAUAUUUAUUGUUUUAAACGUUAUUUUAAAGAAUAUACAUCACUUGUUAGUACUGGUCAAAUAAUACGAUGAAUAAUACAUCACUAGAUCUCUUUAAAAAGACUAAAUUAACUUAUCGUGCCUUGCCAAAACAACUGUUUACUUAAAAAUGCCAGUUCAAAAUCUACUUUUGAAUCUUGAAGCUCAAAUAAUUAUUUGCUCAGUUAAUAACUGUAGUAUUGUUAGUUAUAAUGUAAUAACAUUAACUUUUCAGAUGUUACUUUAGCUACAUCAAAUAUAAACCACAAAACUUAAUUUGAAAAGCGUCGAAGCUAAAUUAAAUACCACUAUAACUUAGCUGUGAUAUAACUGUGCACUUAACAUGUUAGAGGUUUAUUCACAUAAAAACAAAAAAAAACUCGUUGAGAUUAUUAAAACCAUGUAGAAAUUACACACGUACAAAAGUAAAAAUCCGCUUAAAAAAUAUGUUUCUUAAUAAGAAAAUAUACAAUUCUUGCACGCCAUUCCAAAGGUCCCAUCAAAAGUUGAUGUCUGAUUGGAAUCAUUUUAAAUCUAAAGUAUUUCCUAUCCCUACCUAUACCUAACACUUUGUUUUUGCAAUUUUGCACGGUUUUGGAAACUAUAACUUACAUAAUAUGCUAUGUAUUUUCAAUAGACUUUACGUACAUACCUAUCACAGUUGUUAUUAAGUAUACUUAUUUACAUUUAAAUAGCUUUAUUAGAUUAUUUAUAGUGAUAAUAUUGAUUUUAUUUGUAUAUUGUGAUACAAUUGAUAACCUGUUUUAUUGUAAAAAAAAACAAUAAAGU